AUGGCUUCAACCAAGACCUCCGCUGUUUCCCAGAAAGCCCAGAAACGUCCUCUCUCAUUUGAAGAGCAACUUUUGGCGGCUGAUCAGGUAAGCAAUGUUUUUUAAUUUCUUUUUUGACUCUUUCGAAUAUUCCAAAAAUUUUAAAAUUCACCAGUAACAAUCAGUAAACCUAUGAUUUAGUUUAUUAUUUCACUUUUAUAUGCCAUUUGGAAAUUUGUUUUGAUGAUAACUCAGUUUUGAAUAUUUAUUCAUUUUCAGGCUAUUCUCAAGAAAGCCAAGGCCAUCAAGAAGGUUACUGUAGCCUGUACCAUACCCGCUACAGUCAGCUCCAAAUGUAGUCAACCCCCAGAAGUCAAAGGUAACCAAUUUUUAUAUUAAUCUUGGCUCAAACAAUCUUUUAAAAAAUAAAUUCUUUUUGAUUAUCUAAUUUUCAGACACCUUCCAUGACCCCACUACUGGGCGCAAAAGGGGCCACUGUGCAGGGCUUGGCCAACCCACAUCUUCAAAACCUCGAGUUUCCUUAAGGGACCGCACUGUGCGGGAACUGGAAAUGCUCUUCAGUUUCAACAAGGACCUCAGGGAGAAGGAAGAUCAAGUCUGGGAAAGCGUUACCCGGCGAGAAUUUGGUCUGAAAUUGGAGAAGAAACCGGACGAGUCAUGGUACGAGUACUUUAAGGUAAGUAAAAUGUUUUUAAUUUUUUAAAAUAUCUUUUGAUGACUUAAAGUAAACAAGUUAAUUUAAAUAUUUUCUAGCGUACCGAGACCGCGGAAGAGGCCAGAUUAGCUGAUUUGGCGGCUCGAAUUUCCGCCAAACAAAUUCAAAAGCAGGCCAAAGAAAAAAAGACCCUCAAGUGUUCGGAGGUCCGGCCGAUUGCAAGAAGAAGCUCAUCCCACCAAUCAAGGGCUGCUCCAUCAACCGUCGGGAGCCUCGAGAAGAAGGCAGUCGUCAAGCCAGAAAAGAAAAACGGGCCGACUCCAUUGAUGAAGAAGGCGAUGAAAAUGGCAAAAGCGAUGAGAAGAUGA